AUGCAGGGUUCGUCUGUGGCUCCUGGAACGUACGACUACAAGGCAGAGAUAGAUGAGAAGACGCAGAAGCAGGUGGGAUCCAGGGGUCCCUAUGACCUCUUCUCCUCCUCCAGGUCAGCACCCAUCACCAGUGGACACAUGGCACAGCCGAAGCCAGUGAAGAACAGAGGUCCAGCGGACUACGUGAGCAAGUCUUUCGUCGAGGAAAUGAGUCACCCCACAGUUAAACAUCAGGGGGAGUUCAAAAAACAGGACCAGUACCCUAAAGUGCCAGGGGAGAGAAUAUACUACACAAAACCAAACCAGGCGCCAGUCGAUCCCAGUAGACCUGGACCUGGUUAUUACGAAAGUGGAGACCUAUUGGCACCUAAAGGAGCUGAGAACGCCAAACCAUUUCUGCAAAGUGCUGAACGCUUUGACGAGAGAGCCAAACUGAUGAUGAUGGGACCCAGCGUUAGAAACGUCGGAGUUGGACGAUAUGACGUGACCAAACAAGAGAAACACCAGUUUAAAAAUGGAAACAAAAGUGUUUUCAAGUCCCAUGUGCCAAUUUUACUGGACCCGACGGUGGAUAAAAUCUUAAAGGAGAGAUUGAAACCACACGUUCCAAGUGCAAGAAAGAGAGUGUUGAAAGCGCCAAGCAAAGUACUAGAAGACGCCAUUUUGACCAAGAAAAUGUUGAACCAAUAAAACACAUCUAUGUCUGUAUAGAACACAGCUUCUGCUAUAACAAUGGUGCGAUCAGCUCACGAAAAGUGCCUUCGAAAAGCAAACCUGCCCUUCAUUGAUCGAAACUUUUCUUUUUCUGUCAAUAAAAAUCUCACUUGGUGAAAAUAAAUUCAUCUAAAUUUAUGUUAGAAACUA